AUGGAGUGGGGAAAUGAUAGCUUCCAUGUUGAAUUCAUCCUUCUUGGAAUUUUCGAUCACAGCCGCACCCAUAUCUUCCUCUUCUCUCUGGUCCUGGGCAUCUUCACAGUGGCCUUCAUGGAAAACACUACAAUGAUUCUUAUCAUCUACUUGGACAACCAACUCCACACCCCCAUGUACUUCCUCCUUAGCUAACUCUCCUUUAGGGACCUCAUGCUCAUCUGCACCACAGUACCCAAGAUGGCCAUCAACUGCUUGUCUGGCUGGAAGUCUAUCUCUCUGAAAGGUUGUAGAACUCAGAUAUUCUUCUAUGUGUCCCUUCUCAGAGCUGAAUGCUUCCUGUUGGCUGUCAUGGCCUAUGACUGCUACGUGGCUAUAUGCCACCCUCUUUGAUACACCAUCCUCAUGAAUCAGAAACUCUGCAUGCUCUUGACUGUUGCUUCUUGGAUCCUAGGCUCUUUUGAUGGCAUCAUUGUGCUCGCAGCUGCCCUGUCUUUCUCUUACUGCCGCUCUCUGGAAAUCCAUCACUUUUUCUGUGAUGUUGCUGCCCUUCUGUCACUAUCUUGUAAAGACACCUCUGCAUUUGAAAGACUUCUUUUCAUCUGCUGUGUGCUGAUGCUAAUCUUGCCAGUUUCAGUUAUCAUUGUUUCCUGUUCCCAUGUCCUCUGAGCUGUCAUCUGCAUGGGCUUUGGGGAAAGUCACUACAAGGCUUUCACAACCUGCUCCUCCCACCUGUCUGUGGUUGGACUCUACUAUGGUGCCACCAUGUUCAUGUACAUGAGACCAGCCUCCAACCAUACACCAAACCAGGACAAGAUGGUGUCAGCCUUCUACACCAUCCUCACCCCCAUGCUGAACCCUCUUAUUUACAGCCUCCACAACAAAAAGGUAUCCCAGGGACUUAAGAAGUUAUUGGGGAAAGGGGAGUUAAUAUAA